UCUUAGGCGUACGCUACGAAGCAAUGAUUUCCAUUGGUCUGUAUCUUCUCCUCCAUCAUCUUUAUAACCGGACCACAAUCAUUACGCAACAAAAGCAUUAGACUGCUGCAUUCGAAGGUUGUUUCUUGAAGAAGCAGAACUUUGUGACGAGCGACCAUGCCGCUGAGAGUUCUCUCUACACUCGAUGCUGCCAAGACACAGUACUACCACUUCAAGGCCAUCAUCGUGGCAGGAAUGGGGAUAUUCACCGAUGCCUACGACCUCUUCUGUAUCCCGCCUAUCACGAGAAUGCUCGGACAUAUAUACUACAAAUCCAAUAACAGCCGAAUCCAGCCUGCCGCCGAAGCAGCCAUGCUGGUCGUCGCUCUACUCGGCACCGUGAUUGGACAACUUGUAUUCGGCUGGCUCGGCGAUCAUGUUGGGAGGAGGCGUGUGUAUGGCUUUUCCUUGAUGCUCAUGAUCGCGGGGUCAAUCGGGUGCGGAUUCUCCAUGGGCACAACACAAGCCCGUGUCUUGGCGAGUCUAGGGUUUUUCAGGUUCUUGCUCGGGUUAGGGAUCGGAGGAGACUACCCGCUCUCGGCGACGAUCAUGUCGGAGUUUGCUAACAAGAGGAAGCGCGGUGCAUUCAUAGCGGCCGUCUUCUCGAUGCAAGGGAUUGGGAUUCUGGCGAGCUCAAUUGUCACGAUGGUGGUGUGCAGGAUAUUUGGCCGGAAAGAUGACAGCACAAAUGACGCUGAUAUUGCCUGGAGGUUGAUAUUGAUGCUGGGUGUUGUUCCUACCGCAUUAACAUAUUACUGGCGGAUGAUGAUGCCUGAAACUGCAAGGUACACCGCUUUGGUAGAGCUAAAUGUGCUCCAGGCUGCCCGGGACAUGGGGCGAGUCCUGGACGUGCCCUUGAGCCAGAUUGCCGAGGUAGAUCUCGUCCCACCGAGCCCGCCAUCCUACCCUCUCUUUUCCAGGAAGUUCUUCUUCCUUCACGGUCGCGACCUCCUUGCUUGCUCCGCCUUGUGGUUCCUCAUCGACAUCGUCUUUUACAGCAGCAACCUCUGCCAAUCCCACAUCUUCGAAAUAAAAGAUGAUGGCAGCGCCUUUGACGCUGCCUUCAAGGUCGCGGAGUUCCAGGCCAAAGUGGCUUGCUACUUUACAAUCCCCGGUUACUUUGCCGCCGUCUUCCUCAUCGAUCGUAUUGGGCGACUCAGGAUCCAAGUGGUUGGAUUCGUCCUCAUGGCCGGCCUUUACUCCUUCUGCACGUACCUAUAUAUAAAAGACAGCAAGGGCGUGCUUUUCGUGAUGUACGGCAUGGCCUUCUUCUUCGCCAAUUGUGGGCCCAACACGACCACGUUCAUUGUGCCAGCUGAGCUGUUCCCUGCGCGAUUCAGGUCGACGUGCCACGGGAUCGCUGGGGCUGCGGGGAAGCUCGGGGCAAUGAUUGGCGCUGCGGGGUUCUUCCUGAUCUCGAAGGGUGGUGACGACCCAAAUAGGGACGAGGAGAGGACAGGGAUAGAAGUUAUCCUGAUCACAUUGGGUGGAAUUUGCGUGACGGGGACGGCGGUGACCAUGUUGCUCACGAGGGAGACAAUGGGGAUAUCGCUUGAGGAUAAUGAGAAAGAGUACGAGGGUGAGUCUGUUCAAGGCAAGUGCUUUCCAUAGUUCGUGGUUACAAAAUACGAUCAUGUUGAGUGAUCCCGUGUCGUCUUAUUGUUGACUGUUAAAAAUUUAGAAUGUUGCGGAAACGUAGUGUUAAUACGGUGAUAGUUUGUGGUUUGAAUUUCUGUACAAGUAUACAUGUGUAUAGUAUUUAUUCGGUAGAGGAUGGACAAGAGACGGGAUGCAUAAUACAAGAUAUGAAAGUCAUGGGAUCAACGGAGAAUAAUUUUAUUAGUUGAAUAAAAUAAUUUGAUGGAGGUAUUAA